AUGUCAAUGAUUAUAUUGCCGGUAUCACUGAUCUCAUCUCUUUGGCUAGUGUGUAUUGUUUCGAUCAAUGUCAGCUCUGCUCAGCCAGAUUACGACUCUCCAGAUUAUGGAAGUCCACUUUUCGGACCACCACCUCCACCAUGGAGACGUCAUGGUCCAUGGAGGCAGCCAUUUCCAGAGCCGUGGCGACGACCUCCACCACCAUGGCGACGACGUCCACCACCAUGGGGACCGCCACCGUAUGGACGACCUCCACCUCCGCCACCAUUCGGACCUCCGCCGUGGGGA